AUGUCACAACAUCAAGAUACAUUUGCUUCUAAAAAUACUACGUUUACUCCAAAGGUUAGUGCUCCUCCCAUGGGAAUCCCUGAUGAUGAGAUUCUGGAUGUUGCUCCUCUCUCUGUUAUUCCCAACAUGGACAUUGAUUUGAACCAACCCAUCUCCAUUGAUGCCUCAGCUUCUGCAUGCUCCAAUCAAGGUAACCCCUCUUGUAUUCCUUCUGGUUCAACUCCUGUCACUAACUCUAAGGAAGAUACACACUACAUUGAUCGUGUUAUAAGAGACCUAGUCACUAGAAUUCUUAAUGAAGGCCACUCUGUGAAGGGAGUUUCUACUCCCCUUUCUCAAAUGUACCCCUCUCCUAAGGUUGAACAACAUAGUGAUAAGGAUGACGAUUCCUCCAGUUCUGACAAGGACCUGGCUGUUGAAGGGUUGAGCUCUCUAGGGCAGACCAUGUCUGAAAAAGGGAAAUUUGUGGCUUCUCACACUGCUAAUGCUUCCCACUCUGAGAAGCAUGAUGAUGCAAAUAUUGUGAUUGAUCUAGAGGAUGGUAGCUCUGAUGAUCAAGAGGAAAUCUUGAUUCAUCACAUGAAGCCAAGUGUGGAUAAACGCAUGAAGACUCGCAAAGGAAAAUUUGUGGUUGAACUUAUGUCAGCUAGAAAAGCCAAGAAGAUUGCUGGUAUUGGUCCCUCCAAACUAUGGAGCAAGGUUGAAGUAAAGAAGAGGAAGAUCAGAGAUGAUUUUGAGCCUGAAGAGGAUGUUGAGGAAGAUGUCCCUGACAUCUCGCCUGUGAAGAAAACCACUGUUAGGAAGUCUCCUGGUAAAGUCCCUGCUGUUCAUUUGGAUAACAUCUCCUUCCAUCGUGAGGAUGGAGCUGCUAAGUGGAAAUUUGUGAUUCAAAGAAGGAUAGAUAUGGAAAUGGAGUUGGGAAAAGAUGAUGUUGAUGCCAAGGAGGUCAUGCACUUGAUAAAAGUUGUUGGGCUGUUGAAAACUGUUGUUGGGUUCUCUCCAUGCUAUGAAGGUUUAGUUAAGGAAUUUAUUGUUAACAUUCCUGAGGAUAUUGCUGAUAAGAACAACAAGGAGUUCUGCAAGGUGUAUGUAAGGGGAGAAUUAGAAGUUACAGACAAUCAAGUUUGUAGGGAGAUUGCAGCCAGGCAGGUGAAAGUUUGGCCUGUUAAAAAGCAUCUUCCUGCUGGGAAGUUGACUGUCAACUUGGAGCAGGCUGAGGGUGAAAAUAUUGAUCAUGCUAAUGUCAGCCAUGAAGAAGAAGUUGAAGCCCACACCUCUAGUGAGAGGUCUGCUAACCAUGAUGAUACAAGUGGCAAUUCUGUUUCUGGUGCUGAUGAAGCUGUAAGCUCAAGCUCUACUGAGUAG